CAACUACACGUGCUGAGCUCAGUCUGGAAGCCCGUCCCAUUCCCUGCAUAUCCAUGCUGGAGGAGGAGGAGGAGGAGGAGGCGUGCAGCCCUUUUGUUACCUGUAUUAGACUACCUGGCUGUUGUAAGUUAGUAACAGUGAGUUUAAGAUGUCUGCAAAAAAAUAGAUACAGCGAGCGGUUUACAAACGUUCUGAACAACAGAAAAGCCACAGGGUUUGUUGGGCACUGCAGUGUGCGCAACUAGUUGAUUUUUACCUGCAAGGCGCAGCAAGUGGGAAUUUUAAUUAGGCUCUACCGUCAAAGUAAGGACGAAUAGGAGGCACUUCCUCCGAGAACUCAUUCACCUUUCAAGUCCUACCCUCUCUCAAGUUUCAUUUUGGAGUUCUUAGGCACCUUUCAGGUCGUCAUCAGCAUCUCACCUGUCCCGGUGGACCAUGGAUUUCACACGGUCGAACAUUUCCAAGGAGCUUCAGCUUGAUGUCGCGGAAAAUACGCGGUCGUCGUGCAUCUGGAAGGGUUAGGAAACCUGCCAAUGUGAACGGAACGCAGCGUGACCACUUUAUGUUACAGUGCAUGGCCUCUGGACAAAGUGGUAACGAUCAUGCACAAACCCCUCCGAAAGCGGAGUCUCUACGUGUUCCUGUGUUUUGGCAUCAUAUAUCUCAGACUUGGGGCCCUGUCCUCGGUGGUGGCUCUGGGUGCCAACAUCAUCUGCAACAAGAUUCCGGGGCUGGCACCUCGCCAGCGGGCCAUCUGCCAGAGUCGCCCAGACGCCAUCAUUGUUGUGGGCGAAGGCGCCCAGAUGGGCAUCAAUGAGUGUCAAUACCAAUUCCGAUAUGGACGCUGGAACUGUUCAGCGCUGGGAGAAAGGACAGUCUUCGGUCAGGAGCUGCGAGUAGGCAGUCGGGAAGCAGCUUUCACCUAUGCCAUCACGGCGGCAGGGGUGGCCCAUGCCAUCACAGCAGCAUGCAGCCAGGGCAACCUGAGCCAAUGUGGCUGCGACCGGGAGAAGCAGGGUUAUUACAACCAGGAAGAAGGCUGGAAGUGGGGAGGCUGCUCAGCCGACAUCAAGUAUGGCAUCGAGUUCUCUCGCCGCUUUGUGGAUGCCCGUGAGAUUAAAAAGACUCCUCGUCGCCUGAUGAAUUUGCAUAACAACGAGGCAGGCAGAAAGGUUUUAGAAGAAAGGAUGAAGCUAGAGUGCAAGUGCCACGGUGUGUCGGGCUCCUGCACCACCAAGACCUGUUGGACGACGCUUCCAAAGUUCCGCGAGAUCGGCUACGUACUCAAGGACAAGUACAACGAAGCCGUGCACGUGGAGGUAGUCCGGGCGAGCCGACUGCGCCAGCCCACCCACCUCAAGGUAAAGCAGACUCAGGGCUACCGCAAGCCCAUGGAGACAGACCUCGUUUACAUUGAGAGGUCGCCCAACUACUGCGAGGAGGACGCAGCCACGGGGAGCGUGGGCACCCAGGGACGCCUGUGCAACCGCACCUCACCACAUACGGACGGCUGCGACCUUAUGUGCUGCGGUCGGGGCUACAAUACACACCAGUACACCAAAGUGUGGCAGUGCAACUGUAAGUUCCAAUGGUGCUGUUUCGUCAAAUGCAACACGUGCAGUGAGAGGACUGAGGUGUUUACCUGCAAAUAAGGACGCAUGGAACUCAGUGCCAGGAAGUGAGGCGCCAAGGACAAGCUGAAUGAGGAAGACCUGCGAGAGCGAGAUCAAAGUGUGUCUUCGACCAGUGAGAGAUUUUCAAGUACAGAAAUGGAAUUUACACUAUCAGCUCUUCGUGGCAUUGUUUUGCACAGCAGAAUCUAUCUAAUUGCUUUUCAGAAAGUAAAUGUUAAAUAUCAGUAGGUAAUACCCCAGAACUUUACAGUCACAUAGAGAUUGUGCUCAUGUACUGAUGUAUCCACAGUGAAGUUGGGACUACAGGUACAGAAUGAGGCCCUUGGUGGGAACUGUGCUUUGCACUCUGGGAUUUCUAAAUGUUCAAUGCAUGGACACUUGCAUGGAGAGGAACUCGCAGUGACGUGGGAGUUGAUCAAAAUGACAACAGCUGAUGAGGUGACCGGGACAGAUCUGUCAAGUCUUUGAUUAAAAACUUUUAUGGGUUUUGUCGUAUUUUCACUAAAGGGGAGCAUGAGUUAAUCUUGACACGAACCCCCAAGAUUGAUGGGGCUUAUGUUGGAGGUCUGUAGAAAUGAAGAACAUUUUAUAAGUGUGGUGCGUUGGGGUGCGCCAAAAUCUGAGUGGAGAACUCUGUUAAACCCUCUGCUGCCAACUGGAAUAUGGUGGAGUAUGUUAGUUUUCCAGUCACACUGGAACUGUCUGUUCUGAACACUGAAAAUAAAUUGUCUAUUUAUGUAAUAGUAUCUUAAAACAAAGCACUAACGGGUAGAGAUGUCUUUUUUGUACUAAGUGUAAAGAAAAAUACUUUUUAGAAAUUCUGACUGAAGAUGUGUGUCUAUAGAAGAUGACCCCCCAUCCCUAAAAACACCUAAUCUUUUUUUUUUUUUUUUAAAAAGAAAGAAAAUACAAAGUUUCAUUGUUACUGGUGUGUUAACGACAAAAGACGUCAUUACAGUGUGUUUCACAUUCAAACACUUUGGUCCUAUUUUAUUGUAGCAUAGUUUGUUUGCAAUUCUUUUUCCCCCCUGAGCAAUAACAUCUGUUUGGAUGAUUUUGCAAUUUCAGUUAAGAGACCGUAGCAAGAAAACACAUUUAACUGCAGAGAUCCUUCCUCAUUUCAUUAACAUGGACAUUAAAAUUGUGCUGGAUGUGUUGUCGAGUGCUACACUUAUAUUUUCUAUUCAGAUACAACUCAUGAGAACUAAAUAAACUCCCAUUUGACUCAGUUUGACAGUUCAUUGCUAAAAUAUAAACUGAAGCUGAA